AACAAAAACGGCUUUUUUGCUUACGUUGGUAGAAAAAGGAAGAACAAGGAGGCGAUAGGGCCACUGCAAGGAGAAGAUGGGGUGAUGGUGACAAGGGACAGGGAAAAGGCAGAACUACUUAAUGCCUUCUUUGCCUCGGUCUUCUCACAAAAAGAAAGCCAUCUUCUACCUCAGCAACAUGGAAUGGACGAAGGAUUGGGGGAAAUCCAGCCCCAAAUAGGGAAACAAGUUGUCCAGGAACACCUGGCCUCUCUAAACGAAUUCAAGUCCCCAGGGCCAGAUCAGCUACAUCCAAAAGUAUUGAAGGAAUUAGCGGAAGUUAUUUCAGAACCACUAGCAAUUAUCUUCAAGAGUUCUUGGAGAACGGGAGAAGUCCCAGCAGAUUGGAGGAGGGCGAAUGUGGUCCCUAUCUUCAAGAAGGGAAAAAAGAACGACCCAAACAAUUACCAUCCGGGAGAAGAACUAGGCCUCAAUUGAGGCCUUCUGCAUUUGGCGAGGAGGGAGCCAAUGGCUCCCGCCGCCACGGAGGCGCCUCGACAGUGCCCCCGGACAAAUGCGCCACAAGCAGAUGCUUACAUUGGCCACUAUGUUGGGCUAGCACUGCAUCAUAGCGACAUCGCGCAAUAGAACCAACACUGAAUGCACCACCAAAUGCACAUUCUCACUCACGCACAAUGUGCAUCUGAGUGCAAUGGCGACACAUGUGCAAUGCAACUUUGUGCGUAAUGGCACCACAACCGUUCCUCUUUUCCGUGUCAGACAAAAAUAUCCAACCGCUUCCAUAGGGGAACAUAUGCAUAUGUGCAGGCGGAAGACCACAAUAGGAGUCUCAAUGUCCGUAAGACCAGGGCCUGACUCUCCAAGGGAUUUCACUCAUCUCCAAACAUUGCAGAUGGGAUGUAUUUUGAGAGAAGGAAGGGAGGAAUUUAAAUACAACUUUUGAGAGUGUGCCGGGAAUGAAAAUGUAGACCUGAUUGUGAACUGAAGGGUGCCUGAAAGAAAUGUGUUCUCAAGGCUGGUUGAAGAGCUUCUGGGAAGGAGAUUUUGGAAGGUCCAUAAAGGGAAUCAUGAAGCUCUUCUUCUGCUCUGUCCAGAUAAAAUGCAUGUGUAGCCCAGUAUGGUGUUGUGGUCGGAGCGUUACACUCGAACCACAAUCUAGGUUCAAUUUCUCACUUGGACAUGGAAAUCCAAUACGUGACUUUGGACGGAUCCCACACAUUCAUCUCCAGGUCAACUUGAAGGCACACAAUAACAACAAUCCACAGUUAUACGUGUAUAUGUCACCACCACUAUUCCAACUUACAUUUUUUCCCACUUGACUCAGGUAUGUAGGUUUUGGUCCAACAAAUCAACGUAGGUUUCCCCAACCUGACCUUUCUUUUCACCUUCUAUCACCGUUAAGAGUACUGGACUCCCAAAAAAGGGCAACGAAUUAUCAACAAAUUGUCAACGGGUAGGACAAGAUCUCAUGAACAUGAGGAGGACACAUUUUAGUCAAAUAUUGUUUUGGGUAAGAUGGGACAGGAUCUCUCCCAUGCUGGAAUAGGCAGUUGGCACAAACUUCUGUCUGGACAAGAAUCCCUUCCAAUGUAAUGAUCCUCGUUUGGUUAACUUCAUUGAGUAACCAUCGGCCUAAACUACUCCACCGCUAUUGUAAGGAUAGAAGUAGAAGCAGUAGAGCCGUGUAGGGCAUUGGUACCCAAAGUGUCUCCUUUGGGAGAGAUAAAGUGGGGUGGUGGUAAUAAUAAUAAUAAUAAUAAUAAUAAUAAUAAUAAUAAUAAUGAUGUGGUGAUCCAGUUAUUGAUCCCUCAGCCAUCUGCUACCGGGCAUCAUGAGCCAUGAUGGACAACUUAUGGCUGUCUGGACAUAUUGGACUACAACUCCCAUCAACAUGGUCAGUGGUGAGAGAACGAGAUGGACAUCAACAACUGAAAUGUCCCAAGAGUGAAUUGCUUGUUCUUUUGGCCUCGAGUCUUGGCUGGAUUUGCAGUGUCACCUUGGGCUCAGAGCUCAUAAUCUGUUGCACGGCACACUUCCUUCUUUUCCAGGAUGUGGUGAACGUUAACAAAGGGGAAUGUGUCCUUUUUGUUGGGAGUAUAUCGGAAGAGAUGAGCCAGACCCAUCAGUCUUCGCGGCAUCGUCAUUGCAAGUUCGGCCACUACCAGUCUUGAUAAGUAAACUGUAGACUGGACUCUGGGUGUUAUGUACAAAAUUAUAUUUUAAAAUAUGGCAUAAAAGCACCUUCAGGCUAUGUAUCUAAGGUGCAUGCAUUCUGCAUUUGGGUCCCAUCUCUCUAAAAACUCAUUAAGUACAUACAUACAACAAAUGAGUAUUCCAAAAUCUGAGGGAAAACACUGAAAUCCAAAACACUUCUGUCCCCAAGCAUUUCGGAUGUGGGAUGCACAACCUGCCCACUCCUAUCACACACCUCUGUCGAACUACACCAAGGGAAGUUCUCGUCCCAUAUUGUCCUGCUUUGGCCAAACCCCGAUUGAAUGGAUUUGGGAUUUUGAUCUCAAAUUGCGCCUACACUGUAGAGUUCCUGCAGUUUGACACAAUUUUAACUACUGUGACUCAAUAAUAUGACAUUUUAGGCAUUUAGAGAGGCACCAGCACUGAGGAUCCUAUAGCACUGAGCCAUGGCACUUAAAGGGGCAUAGAACUGUAUCAAUUUGACUGUGUAGAUGCACCCUGAGAUGUAGUCCAUUUACAUCUGAAUCCAAACAGAGUCGGAAAGCACUAUCUAAUCUCAUUCCCGGUCAUGCAAGAAUGCGAAGCUAUAGCACUCCUUGGCAAGAAUCCUUUGAAGACUACGAGGGUUGAAUGAAAAGUAAUGCCUCCACCUUCGUAACUCCUCAACAGAUAGCAGUCCUGGUCUGCGGCAGGUACUGGCUUGUUCAGGAGACUCUCCUCUACACUUCCAUUUGGCGGGAAGCCUUAGCAUUGAACGGUUGUGUUGUUAAAGUGCGAAGUAUGGAACCCUGCACAGACGGUCGGUCAAUGAGACUUAUGCAACGUGCAUUGAAUUCUUGACAGCAGAAGGUGUCACCCCAAAGGAGAUUAAUCAGAGAAUGCAAACUCUUUAUGGGGAUUGUGUUGAUGUGAGUCCUGUGCAUCAUUGGGUGAGUAAGUUUAAAGAUGUUGAGAUGUUUGCGUGACAAACAAAGAGUUGGACGUCCUGUGACAGCAGCCACUGAGUUUCACAAGCAAAAGGUUGACAGAUUGAUUCAGGACGAUUGUUGUAUCACUCAGAGAGAAAUUUCAAACAUAAUCGGCAUUUCACAAGAACGUGUGGGUCCCAUUAUUGCUUUGCUUGGCUAUCGGAAGAUCUGUGCACGAUGGAAACUGUGAGACGCCGGUUGCGGAAACUGAGUGUCGACUUCUUCUGCGACAGCUUCAGAAAACUUGUUCAUCAUUGGCAGAAAUGUACCCAAUUGUCUGAUGAUGAUGUGGAAGAAUGCAAAGCUAUAGCACUCCUUGGCACAGAUCCUUUGAAGACUACAAGUCCAGCUAUGGGAUUCUGGAAGGCUGUGUACAUUCCUGUGGGUUGUGCUGUUUGCAAGUGUGCCGCUUAGCCAUGGCUUUCCAUGGCAGAUGGGAAAGGAGCUCCCAUUGCAAGCCAGCCUUGUGGCAUCUCCAGGAAAUACCGAAUUAGACGCUUCCUUUAUCUUCCUCCUGCAGGCAGGGCACUCGAGAGGGACUGAGUGUUUGUCUGUUCUUGAGACGGUCUGCGAAUAGUCCUUAGGUUCUCGUUCUAGGGGGAAGCUACUCCUGAGAGAGUGGGAGAUGACCUUCCUCGGGCCCUUCCUCCUCCUCGGUUUCCUCCCCCUGGUCCUCCCCACAUGUCCCAAACCGUGCCGCUGUGCUGACGAUAUCAUCGACUGCAUGUCGACCGGUCUCACCGACGACGUCAUCCCCGCCUCCUUUGCCCCUUCGACCAGGAAGAUCUACCUCAACAACAACGAGCUCACCUCCAUCCCCAGCGGGCUCUUUGACAACCUGAAGGCUGUCCGGGAGGUCUACCUGUGGGGGAACCCGUGGGAAUGCGACUGUAACAUCCUUUACUUGCGGUCUUGGCUCCAGUGGCAGCAGAACCGGACCACGUACCGGAAUAUCGUGUGCUCUUCCCCGACGCAUCUCCAAGGCAGGAUCAUCACCUAUCUGUCGGAGGACGAGAUCCUUGCCACGUGCCAGUAUUGGUACUGCAGCGUGGCCCUCUUCUCCCAGAUCUGCCUUUUCGCCUUCAUCCUGCUCCAAGCGGUGCUCCUCAUCGUUGUUCUCGUCUACAUCCGUAGGUUCCAGAAAUUCGCCAGAGAAGCCAGGAGAACGACAGACGAAUUCUACGGGGAUAUGGAUCCGUGGUCGGCUGCUAGUAAGAAUGGAGCUGACUGAUCAACUUUGGGUAGCAAAAUAAUCUGGAAAUUAUUCUUCUUCCCUCCUGAAGGAUCCUGAUGUUCUACCAACGAUGUGGCAGAUUUUGUAAAAAAAAAUGGGAAUUCUGCACAGAAAUGAAGAACGAGAUUUCCACCGCCACUGAAUCCUUGGCGCAAGGUCUUGUUAUUAUGUUACUGUUAUGAUUUUAUUUUGAUCCACGGGGACGUUACGGAUUAAGGUCCUCAACCGUCCUACUCAGAUCCACCAUGUCUUUCUCGGUUGAAUCAAUGCCAUCUCCUUCUUUUCUAUGAUUGCUUUUUUCAAUAAAUUUCAGCUCAUGAUA